GCCGCCGAGGAAAAAAAGAAACAAGAUCAAGAAACUAAAAAGCAAGCCGAGGAACAAGCCAAACAACAAGAACUAGCCCAAAAAAGAGGUCAAGCCAUCACCCAAAUUACCACUGCCCUUAGUCAAGAACCCCCAUUAUCUAACCACGAAUUAAAUCGAAUCUUAGCCGAUAUCCAGGCUCGUCGCCAUGACAAAAUAACCGCUCAGGAAAAUAACCAAGAACAAAUCAAUAACUUAAAAAAAGAAAAGGCCAUCGCAGACCCGCAUAAAUAUCGCCAAGAAGCCAAAACAAAAAUCGAACAAAAACUCCAAAACAACGGCAUUAAAACUGAGGACUUAAGCCCGGAAAACCAACAAGCACUCCAAAAACUAAAAAAUGGCGAAAUCAAAGAUCCUAAUCAAUUAGUAGAAACCGAAACUAAAAUCAAACAAAAUAUUUACCAAGUGGAGGCUCAGAAAAAAAUCACUGACUUGACCUCUCGGGUUCAGCAAGCCCUCAAACUAAAAAAUAAAUCCCACAUCGCUACCCUCAAAAAGGAACUAUUAGCCUUCCUCAGCAGCAGCAAUAUUUACUAUGCUUCCCAAAAACAAGUGGCCGAGAACUUAUUGGCUCAAUUGGAAAAUUAUUCAACCACUAACCAUGACCAAAAUAACUCGGCCACUAAGUCUAAUAAUUUUCCCGGGAAG